AUGACUGUUGUGAAACUAGCAAAAUAUGACAGUAUUCAGGCUGCAGUUAUAUUACAUCCUGGUUCAAUAUCUGAGGAUGACAUACAUGAAGUUAAGGUCCCAAUUGCUUUACUAGGAGCUGAGACGGAUCAUUUAUGUCUACCUGAGCUUUUGACUAAGUUGAAUGGCAUUUUAACUGAAAAACCUGAGGUUGAUAACUUCUUGAAGAUAUACCCCAGUGUAAAGCAUGGAUGGAUACUAAUGUACAGUGACGACAAUGAAUUCGCUGUUAAGGUGGCAGAAGCAGCUCACUCAGACAUGUUGAAUUAA